UGUGACGUAUCGAGCAGGAAAUAUAAUUCGCAGUAUGAUUGCUGUUGUUGUUGCAACAGCUUAACCGAGCCGUGCUUCUCGAAAAAUAUUGAAUAUAUAAACUGUGAAUUGCUCCACGUCUUUUGAAUAUUGCGAAAUUUUAUAUAGUUCGAAAAAUAUGGUCUUCUAUGCUCAGAGUCCCUAACCCAUGUAUGAUAUGCGCGUUAAAGUAAAACACUAAAUUCUAAAAACGUAGAUUGCUUUGUUUAUGUUAUUUACGCGCUAUUGAAUAACAAAAAUACAACGUCAAUUCGAAUUAAAUCCGUAGUAGAUCGAAAAAUUCACAUGGUCAAAAUGCUAGAUGCGUGUCUUACGGAAAACUCGGAAAUUCUCACUCAUACAAAAUACGAAAUGCUCUCAUCGAAAGUACACGUCAAUCCGAACUUCAAGAAAGGCAAAAAUCCGAUUAUUUACGUUAACCCGAGAAUGCAACAAAACAGGAAAAUUCACGUCAAUCCAAAAAUGAUAAAAGACAUUGGCCCCGUGGUUGCUCAAGUGCCCCCUAAAAUUGAAACUAUGCAACAGGACGAUCGAAUAAACUGUAAUGAGAGAUUAUUGCCUGAGACAGACAAAAAUGUUCAAAAAUCUAUCCACGUGAAUCCAAAAUUAAUGGGAAGAUUAAAUUGUAUCUCUCGCGACUCUGCGCAACUUUCCAAUAUUCCAAGCUCUCUUCCAACCAAGCCUGAUGGAUUAAAACAUUCAAAUACUCGGAGAGAUACUCAAUCAGCAUCUGUGCCAAGCAAAACAGCAACGCCUCGUUUGAUGGCUUUAUCCAGAAGAAAACUCGUCCUUAUAAAUAGCAUUACUAGAAAAUCAAUCCCCCUUGUACCAGAUAGUGAGAAAAAAUUGAUAAAGAAAACUUUGAUAACACGAACCAAUUGUAAGAAGUCUAGAACCACCUGCAAUUUGACAAGAUUUGCAAUAACGAAGAAUAAAUACAAAAUUGAUAAGACUUCCAUGGCUCAGAAGAAACCUAAAAAGAAUUGUGUCCCAACUGUCAGGAAUGUAAAUAAAGGCUUGGUUGCUAUCGGUGGAGUGAUGUAUCGAUCUUCAAGAACUCAGUUAGUUCGCAGCAACGCUGACUUUACCUCUGACAAAAAAAAAAGAGAUGUAACGAGCACAAACAGGGGGGCGUUCGUAAUGGCAAAGAAUGGAAAAAAGCUGCAAAGGCUGUACACAGGAGCGGAAGGGUCGAGCGUUACGAGAUACGUCAUAUCGCGAAACAGCCUGAAUCGUUGUGCUCUCGUGAAGAAAGUGCCAAACUCAAUAGUUCAAACGAGUCAUAAAAAUGUGAUAAGUUACAAGGCAAAGCAGAGAAGUUUGCAAAUUCUUCGAGAUAAACUUCGCAAGAAUUACAUACCAUGCUUGCUCUAUCGCCGGUUUGGCUACUGCGCCAAAUUCAUCAAAGGAACGUGUUCAAAACUCCAUGACAAAAAACAAGUGGCCCUCUGUAAAAAUUUUCUUCAAGGCAAAUGUUUGCUCGACGAUUGCCGAUUAUCUCACGACGUAGGACCGGAGAAAAUGCCAACGUGCAAGUAUUUCUUGGAUGGAUGCUGUAUUCGCGACGCCUGUCCUUAUCUCCACGUCAAAGUGUCUUCGAAUACACCGAUUUGUGCACAAUUUCUUCGCGGGUAUUGUGCCGACGGUAACAAGUGCAAACAACGACACGCGUACCUUUGUCCUGAAUUCGAGAGAUCGGGGAGUUGUGCGAAAAGUAAGUAUUGUCCAUACCCUCAUAAAGUAAAAGCAGCUUCAGGAACAGCAGUAGCAACGUUAGGUAUGACCAAUCGUCAGCUAUCGAAAGACGGUAGAACGAGUUCAAGGAGGAAAGUUGGCUCCGUAAAAAACGUAACUUCCAAACUUGUUUCGAUAACUACGAACGGCGACGAUAAUAACAAGAGAUAUUACGAGAAAGAUUCUCCUAGCGAUGCUCGAGUGUCCGAAAUCCGUGAAAAUAUAAUUAAACAGAUGAAUCACGACAGUGAAGCAAAUCACGAUAUUGUUGAAUCCUUUGAAAGUACGAUUGAAGGGGAUGAGAUCAGACUUGACAAGGAGCAUGAAGAGACGGAGGUUGAUAAUAAUUUUGAUCAACGACCCAGGAGGGCUCCUAUCGGUGAUCUUCCCUCCUAUAUUCCGAUUAAUUAGUUUAAUUUUCUAUACGAUUGCUUUUAUGAAAAAUUGUACAUAUUGUACCAGUUUACAUUUCAUUAAUAAAUAUACAGAUGAUUCAUCUAUUUUUUAAUAAAA